GUCAACAACGCGCGUGGUUGUCCAGAAGAGGAAGGCGCGAGGGACAACGGCCUCUCGUUCCUUCCCAAUUCGGUGGGUGCGUCGGCUGGGGGUUCCAUGCGGGGAUUGAACUGAUUGGCGAGGAUGGUUGGAGGAGGAAGUGAGGCUAUACGGAAUGGAUGGGAGGAGAGAUACGACUCGGAGGGUGGUGUUGACCCUCAGAUCAACUUGCCGGUUCGUAUCAGCUGCAAGUCUUUUCCGCGCAAGCCAUCCGAUGAGCCCUCGAAGCUCUCCAUACGCCGCUACUCUCAGUCUUGGAUGAUCUGUAUUGCUUCAUCUAUCUACUUCAAUGCCUCGGGCAUGUCAAGACGGGCAGACAGUAUGCGACUACGAUAUCCGAUUCUAUCAGGAUGUGUGGAGUAUACCGGACGACCGGCCUGCUUUCCCGUGGUUUGUUUUGAUCCCUGCGAAGCAACCAGCGGUGUCUUCAUUUCUGGUGGAUGGAACCAUCUGGACCGCAACGUCAACAUGCCCGGUGGCUCUGGGACGGAACCAGGUGCACUGGGGGGGGGGAUGUCGAUCCCCCAUUCCCCCAUGCAGGCAAUGAGCCCCCAGGAGAUGGGGUAUAACAGAACAAUCUAGACAAAAUUUCAAGGCCGGGGAGGCUACGAAUCCAAUCCCUACAGGUUCAUUCUAUACAGAUGACACCAUGCAACCCAACCAUCCAACCCAUGGAUUGAACCAGAGCAAGUUCCAAGGCAAAAAUAUACGCCAACGCACAAACGAUCGGCAUAGAUUCAUCGGUAUAUACCAGAC